CAAGGAUGAUAUAUAAACAAAAAAUGAGCUUUAAAAUGCCAAUUAUCGUAGUAUUCAAUAUAUAAUUGCUUAUUUUUAUGUGUAAUUAAAUCUGUGCGGUGUAGUGAAGUUAUAAGUCACAAGACAAGUGCUCAAAAAUGGCUUCAGUAAGUGUUCGGGAUCAGAAGAUCGAACAGCAACGUCAAAUAAUGGAGCAAAAGAUGAAACAAAAAAGGCAGAAUUCUGGUAUGGUUCAGGCAAAUGAUCUAAGGGUCGGUUCAGCAAAGCGACCUAUAUCUGGAAGCCGUUCCCGCGAACUUCAUGGCUAUGAUGGGCCCAUGCAAUUCCUUAUGUCGCCAGUGAAUCCAGACCAAGUCAUACCCCUCCAAACCAAUAGAAUAUCAACCUACGAUGAGCUCGGCAACCAAAUCGAAGUGCUAACAGUAGGUGACGGUGACCACAGCGGUGAGGAAGCUAAACGGGAGACAUCUCCGAGCCAGGUAAAAGACUUCACGAGGACGUGCAGUGUGCAGGAUGGCCGUGUCGGUUGGUAUGCCAUGUUAGCACGGAUGACAUUUGUGCUGAGUGCUGACGCAGCUAUGGUACCGUUGCAACCUCGGGCUAAACGGGACACAUCUCCGAGCCAGGCGGUAGAAAUAGAGGGUUCCGUAGAGGGUGCCGUAGAGACGUUCGUAGUGACACCAGCGAGACACGGAACCUUGUACAAGUGCCGGAUAGCGCGCGACAGGAAAGGCAUGGACCGGGGACUUUACCCUACAUACUUCCUGCAUCUGGAGAAGGAUUAUGGGAAGAAAGUUUUCCUUUUAGCUGCCCGCAAAAGAAAAAAAUCAGCAACGUCCAACUACCUAAUUUCCACGGAUCCAACGGAGCUGACCAGAACUGCCGACAGUUUCGCCGGAAAGCUUCGGUCUAAUUUACUAGGGACCGCUUUUACUGUGUAUGAUAAUGGAAAAGCGUGGAGGAAACAUGAUCGAGCCAAUACGAGGCAUGAGCUAGCUGCUGUUGUCUAUGACACCAACGUACUAGGCUUCAAAGGCCCUCGCAAAAUGACCGUGAUCCUGCCAGGCAUGACGCCCGACCGUCAGCGCGUCACAAUCGCCCCUGAAGACGACAGCGAAACCCUGCUAGAGCGCCUCAAACUACAAAACCUAGACGAAAUAGUCGUACUACACAACAAGACCCCUGUCUGGAACGACGAGACACAAUCCUACGUUCUCAACUUCCACGGAAGGGUAACCCAGGCAAGUGUUAAGAACUUCCAAAUUGUACACGAUUCUGAACCGGACUAUGUUGUUAUGCAAUUCGGUCGCAUAUCGGAGGACGUUUUCACUAUGGACUUUAGAUAUCCGCUGUGUGCUCUGCAGGCGUUCGGUAUAGCGCUUAGCUCGUUCGACAGCAAGUUGGCUUGCGAGUGAAAUUAUAAUUUUAGAAGUAUUUUACAGCGAAUAGUAUUUGAAUCCAUUGAUUAUGUUAUCACAAUCAUGCCGGUUUUUGCCAUUAGUAAUAUAGUAUUUAUGUUGUACUUAUUUUGUGUAUAGUAUGAAUUUGUGUUAGGUCAUACACAUUUACACGAUUUUGGAGAAUACUGGCUAUGAAUAAGAAUGACUUUCACAAGUGAAGCUUGGUACAAUCACGAAAUAGUUCCCACGUUUUGUUUACUAAACGCAUUUAUCAAUUUAAAAAAUAGGAACAUGGGUAGUAUUUGUCCAGAUAAACGCACAUAAUAAAUUAUAGUGUUACCAUAUGACUAUGACAUAUGGUAAAAGUACCAGUUUUCGACACUAUGACACUUCAAUGUCAUAUUUGUUAUGUUAUAACAAUUCAAUCUUAAGUCAAUAAAUAUGACAGAAGAGUAUUAUCAAAGAGGAUCGAGUAUUAUAGAGAGUUACUGUCAAAGUAAAAUAUGUAAUCACAGUGCAUAGACAUGCCAUCUCUCGACACAAGCUUAAAACUUGGUUUGACAACUUGGCAUAUAUUCUUAGCUUUAUAUGUGUUAAAAUGUCAAAUAUGAAUAUUAGUGCCAUCUAGCCGAGCGUCCCCCAAAAGGUGUAACGCCAUCUAGGCCACCGUACCGUUUCCUAUAUGGUUCUGAGGUACGUUUUUUUCUUAGACUGUAGCUUUCUAUACGGAAUUACAUAUGUCUUUGGUAUUAUAUGUUGUAGUAUGUCGAGCAUUGGUACGUUUACCUUAGCUUAGGUUGUUGUGUCUCAUGUAUUGUAUCUAUAAAUUGAAACGAAAUCGAUACACUGUACCUACAGCACAAUAACAUUUUGAUAUACACAUGCAAAAAUAAUACAAUUGGG